AUAACCUCCUCUGCUGGUUUUAUGGACAUCGUUGGCAUUAACAAGACUGGGGACAAUUUCUGCUUGAUCUGUGACACCAAGGGUUGCUUUGCUGUUCAUCAGAUUACACCUAAGGAGGCCACUUAUAAGUUGUGCAAAAUGAGAAAGAUCUUUGUGGGAAUGAAAGGAAUCUCUCAUCUGGUGCCCCAUGAUCAUGAUGCUUAUACCACCCACUAUUCUGAUCCCCUCAUCAAGGUGAAUGGCACCACUCAGAUUAAUUUGGAGGCUGGAAAGAUUACUGAUUUCAUCAAGUUUGAUACUGGUAAUCUGUGUGUAGUGACCAGAUGUGCUAACAUGGAAAGAAUUUAUGUCAUCACCGACAGAGAGAGACAAACUGGUUCUUUUGGUGUAGUUCACAUGAAAAAUGCCAAUGGCAACAGCUUUGCUACUCGGCUCUCUACCAUUUUUGCUAUUGGCAAAGGCAACAAACCAUGGAUUUCUCUUCCCUGCAGAAAGGGUACCUGCCUCACCAUUGCUAAGCAGAGAGACAAGAGACUGGCAGCCAAAUAG